GUAACUUUCUUUACUGUCGCCAGUUUCACGCGGUUUCAUGCUGCUGUCCAAACAGAAAACAGUUUCACGUUGGCUUCACUUGUCUCUAUUGAUGUGACUGUGUCUAUUUAUUUUAGGCCUAGCCUAUCUGGAUAUCGCUAGAACAACUUUCACCCGAUUCGAACGUUAACUUCAGUCGGACCGCUGCAUCAGUUUUGCAAGUGUGUUAGAUAACGAUACGUUUUUCCACAACAAGAAGCAGUUGUUUUUAGCAACAUUAUACAAAAUACAUUGACUUAAGUUUUAUUUUAUCAAUGAGUUUCCGGGCUAUCUGGGUAUUAUCCUACGAGAAAGGAGAAGCUGCAAAAUUGCGCUUUUCCAGGCGAUAUCCAUCGGUCGAACGCCGAGCAAAACUUCUGUCUGGGCCGCAAUAUGUUGCAAUACCGGAGGAUUGUACCAUAUGUCUACUAAUUUUUACUGAAUUGGGACUGGAGGAUCCUGACAGGCUGUAUGUUGCCAUGCGAGAUGAUUGUGAGCUGCAUCAAGAGUCCCACAUUUUGGCGCUCCACCCAGAUGGCUGUAGGGGUACACUGUGGCCCUUUUUAACAGUAACUCAAGGGGGGGUUAUUAUGGUCUGUCUGCCUUUGGUAGAUUCCUCUGCUUAUUCACAGUCUCGCCUCUCAAGUCAGGUCUCUAUCUCUCAAGGGAUAGCCUUCUUGUCUGGUCUUCAGGCAUUCCUGUCAGCUGGGAACAAAACACACGAGCCUGAUAUUCUGGUGUCACGUUUAGAUUUAUUACCUUUAAUCCUCUUUCACAUUUGUCCCCUGGGGACACCAGUGGACACACCACACUCUGCUAUUUUUCCAUUUCUGGCAGUGUCCACUCCUAGCAGCUCUCAGAAGCAGCCAGCCUGGAAGGCAGGAACCCACAAGGGAAGAUCGACUGUAAGUGUGUCUGUCACAGAAACCGUAAGGUCCAUGCAAUAUGGCAAUCACAGCAAACAAGAUCUCUGGGAUGUUUAUGGCACUGUCAUGUGUAAGUGUGAAGUGGAGGGAACCCAACCCAACAUCACAGUCACACUCUCUUUACCACCUAAUGGCUCACCCCUGCAAGAUAUCCUUGCACAUCCCUGUGUCAACACACUAGAUACCAGCACACUGACAGCCAGUAGCAUGGAUUAUGGUGAUGCUUCAGCCUUCUCGGGGCCCUACAAGUUCCCCUUCUCCCCUCCCCUGGAGCCCUUCAGGCUUUGCAGUUACACUUCACAGGUACCAGUUCCACCAGUUUUGGGUUCAUAUCAGCUCAAGGAGGAUCAUGGGCAACUGCAGCUGGGUGUUGUUUUGAAACUGCACGAGAGUGUGACAAACAGUUUUGAAUACUGUGAAGCCCAUCUGCCAUUUUUUAAUAGGUGCCAGAUGGGUACUUUGGAUGUUAAGGUAACCUCAGGUCAGGUGGAGGUCUCCAAAGAGAAGAACCUAUUAGUCUGGGUCUUAGGACAGAAGUUUCCAAAGUCCCGUGAAGUAACACUUGAAGGAGCUGUUCAUUUUUCUGGCCAGACAGUAGGACCCACUGAUCCCCUCUGCACUGAUGGAACAGCUUAUGUCAAACUGUAUUUCCGAAUACCUGACCUAACUUUAUCAGGAUGUUGUGUGGACCAACAUUCAGUUCAGGUGUAUUCUUCAACAAAGCCUCGCGUUGUCACAUCACGGGAUUUGAUGUCUUCAGAAUACUACAUAUGGAACUCCACUGGACAUACACCAAUGUUGCCUGGUGCUAUGAUGAUGUAGGGUCAAAGACAAGAUAUGUACAUUUAUUGUCCAAAGGCCAUUCAUUUAAAAUAAAAAAUAUUCUUUUCCUUCUUUUCACCUAGAAAUAUUUGUGCACCAAAGUAUUAAAUAAAUGGCGUUGUUGCGGUCUACUGUUAAAAUGUCUUUCACUGUAACACUAAAAUUCUAAUAACAAAAUGAUUUUAAACUGUAGGAAAUCAUCCUAAAAUACAAAUGAACCCAUGGCAUAAUUGUAUAAGUGCUUGCAACAAUGUGUAGAAUAAUGUACUACAUAUUUGAACAUUUGAAUAACUUCUGACUUGACUUUUGCGCAUCAUCAAUGUCAUCCAGUGUAACAAUGCCA